AUGAGCGACGUUGCGCAGAUCCUGGGGCUUUCGGGGUCUAAAGCUAGUACUAAUGGGACUGUAGCAAGUAAUUUAGACCAGUUAAAACCAUCCGGUGUGUCACCAGCAUCACGUGGAAAGCAAAGUAACAAUAUCAGCAAGCAAAAAAAGCUCACGGGUAUGCAACGUGAAGUAUUGGAGCUCUUAGAGAGUAAUCAUCGUGCUGGUCACGCAUUGUAUCAGGGAUUUGGGAAGACGAGUCUUAAGCAAAAAUGGAAAGAACGGAAAAGCUCACCAGCUGUAAAAUGGCUGCGUAAAUCGUUCCGUAAUCCUGCUCGAGCGUCUUUAGCGGGAGAGACGGAAGAAGACGGACUUGUGCUUUCUCAUUGGGGAAAAGCUCAUGUAGAACAACCUGAUUACGUAUUUGCAAGAUUUAAUGUCAAGAGUGAGACUGUCAAGUAUACAGAUGAAGAGUAUGAAGCGGCAUUGGCACAUCAUGUUGAUCCAAUGAUGAAGUGGACGAAGGAAGAGACGGAUUUACUGCUGAAGUUAUGCAACCGGUUUGAUCUACGGUGGUUUGUAAUCAUGGACAAGUACAAUUCAAGCCCUAUUGCGAAAGGAUCAUUACGAUCGAUUGAAGAUAUUAAGUACCGAUACUAUGAAGUUACACGAUUGAUAAAUGAGUACAGAGAUAAAAAGGCGAAAAGUGAAUUGGAGAAAAAGAUGCACGUAGCUACUUCAGCUGCAGCUGCAGCUACUUCUACAAUUCAAGCUGGUGCUACUCCUGUGACGGACCUUACUGUGCCAAGAGCAGCUACCCCAACAACUGUUGGUGUUAUAAAGGCUGACCCUAGGACUGCAAAUACACCAUUGACACCGAUGCCUACUGUGCCUACCUCUACUGCACCGGAGCACUACAGAUUUAACAUUGCGUAUGAAAAGCAGCGCAAAAGACAGCUCGAUCUUAUCUUCUCACGUACGACCGAAGAAGAGAAUGAGAUUCGUCGACUUAAUGAUGAGCUGCGUGGAGUAGAGCAGCAACUUAAAAAGGUGGCGGUGAAAGUGGACCCCAAGAAAAAGAAGGAGCUUGCAAAUGUGCCCUACGAGAUUAAGCGGACGUUACCCACCGGUGUGAUUUUGCGGAGCUCGUUGUUGGCACUUCCUCAACAAAAGCAUGCUCUUAGCGUCAAGCUUUUGAAAAAACUGCAGCUUUUGAUGGAAGAAAUGGGCGUACCCGCACGUCCAAUGCCUACAAAGCCCGUGUGUGAAACAUACGACAAGUUGCGUCAGGACGCUGUGGGACUUCUAUCACUGCGGAAGUAUCUGAAAAGUAAAGAGAACGAAGUUCGGGCUUUACGUGAGCGCUAUCACGCGCUUACAGGCACCGAGUACAAACCAAUUACGACUCCUGUCACUGUAUCUGAACGACCAGGCGAUGAACUAUUGGCUGCUAAUGGAACCUCCGCAGCUCAUUUUGCAAAUCACCCACAAAGCGCAAUCAGUAAAGGUAAGACGCCGAAGCAUUCAGAAAAGGUAAUCCGCGUAGCCAAGCGACGCACUUCGAGCGGCCUCCCUGGCCUUCCCGCGAAGCGCAACAAAAAAGUUCCCCAUUAA